AUGAGUCUCAAGGUCGAUCCCGAGAAUGGUGUGCGACAAGAUUCCGCUCUCGAUGAGUCGGUUGGAGGAUUCAAGCACGAAGGAGACUCAACAGAUGACGUUGCUAAAGUUGAAGAGGAUGGCCCACCCGAUGGUGGUGCCGUUGCAUGGUUGGUUGUCCUGGGAGCCUGGUGCUGCUCCUUCACGAGCCCGGGCUGGAUCAACAGUAUGGGUAGCUUUCAGGCAUAUUAUGAAGUUGGCCCUCUGCGAAACUAUUCUAGUAGCACCAUUUCCUGGAUCCCGUCCCUCCAAAUAUUCUUCGUUUUUGCCCUCGGUCCAGUCGUUGGUAUAGUCUUCGAUAAAUAUGGCCCUAGGCCCCUGAUAACUGCUGGGACCGUCUUUCAUGUUUUUGGUUUGAUGAUGGCUUCGCUGGCGAAAACAUGCUAUCAAUUCAUACUGUCACAAGGUGUUUGCAGUGCGAUCGGCGUUGCUUGUCUAUACUCGCCGGCACUUGCCUGCGUGGCAACCUGGUUUUCCAAAAAGCGUGGCGCAGCUAUGGGGAUCAUGGCUACUGGCGGAUCACUCGGCGGCGUCAUAUUCCCAAUUAUGAUCAGCCGCAUGAUCCAAAGCACUGGAUACCCCUGGGCCAUGAGGACGGCAGCCUUUCUCAUUCUGGGCCUGCAGCUGAUUGCAAUUCUCACGAUCCGGCCGAGAACAAAGGCUGUCCCUAAAAAGAUGCCUCUAGGCCGUUUGACUGCCCCCUUUAAAGAGCUCCCGUUUGUCAUGUUGCUGCUCGGAGCCUUCAUCCUGACCUAUGGCAUCCUUAUUCCCGUUGACUACAUGGCCGUACAGGCUUCUCAAGAGGCGCAUAUGUCUGAGCAAAUGUCUCAAUACUUGGUCUCCAUCUUCAAUGCGGCAAGUCUCUUCGGCCGCCUUGCGUCCGGUUAUGGGGCCGAUAAAAUCGGAAGAUGGAACAUUUUCAUCGUCGCCUGUAGUAUUUCCGGAAUCACGCAGCUCGCAGUUUGGAUCCCGGCCACGCACGCUUCCAUCGUAAUCGGCUUCGCCAUCAUGUUUGGCUUUUUUUUCGGGAGCCUUUAUCGGUCUUUCUGGCGCCCUUCCCGCAUCGGCUACCGGCUGGGCAUUAUGUUUCUCUCCAUCUCUAUUCCCGCCCUGACCAUGGCACCUGUCGGUGGAGCUAUCUUGCAAAAUGCGGCUGGUGGUUGGUUGGAUGUGAAGAUCUUUGCCGGUGUCAUGUCCUUGGGAGGGUCGGCGAUUGUUCUUUAUUCGCGGAUGCUUUAUACUGAAAAUAAGAUCCUGACUGUGUUUUGA